AUGCGGGCGACCGCUCGCGCGGUGCGCGCGUCGAGCGCGGCGUUCGACGCCGUGCGCGCGCCGGUGACGCGCGCGUACGAGGCGACGAUGCGGGAGAACGCCGAGUACGUCGUGCGCGAUCCGACGCGCGCGAAGCGGCUCGGUCGAGAGUUCGUGUACACGAAUCUGGCGCGCGUCCCGGGAGCGAUGCGCGCGGCGGCGGCGGAGGUGGAGGUGGUGAAGGAGCUCGGGAUGCGGGCGCGGAUGGGUGAGCUGGACGUCGCGACGGCGGCGACGGGGGCGGUGUUCGCGGCGGAGCUCUACGCGUGGUUCGCCGUGGGCGAGAUCGUCGGCCGGGGGGGGAAGCUCACGGGGUACUGA